AUGGCACAAGCAAAGGGUACCAUACCAAGCCUGGCUCCAGAACGAGUAUGCCGCAAGAUGUUCACCGACUCAAGAUAUAUUCGGGAUAGGAUCUGGCCACGAACCUUGACAAUUGAAGAGAAGGUGAGUGUAAAAGGUGUGGUCAAACAGCUGGCACAGCAUUCGAAGUUUACCUGGUUGCGUGGACACAUCACAGAAGUUGUGUUCAACGAGGUCUCGUCAUACGCCUUAUCUACUCAACCACACUGGAAAGGUCUUGCACUUGCCUGUCCUGGUUUGCGGAGCUUUCAUAUUCAUCAACGCGCUCGUAGGGGCUAUGUCGACUGGGAUCCUCGAGAGUAUGAGGAAAAUGCGGUCGCGGAAGACCCGGAUGAUCGGAAUCUACAGGCCAUACAACCCAAGACCUUCGAAAAGCUGGCCGCAUGUCUUCAUCGUAACCACGGCGACAACUAUACAGUCACGGUCGAGUCUUGCAUCUGGUGGUCUUUGAUGCUGACUUCACCUCAGGAAUGUCUUAAGAAGAUUAACAUAUACAGCUUCAAGCAAGACAAGCACGAUAUGGUUUCUAGAACGUUCGAGGUCGAGAGGUUGGUCGAUUUAAGAGCAGCUGAGACUCACUUGAAUGAUGACUGGUCGCCAUAG